CCGUGCUUCCCGGGCUCCGCGGCGAUCGCGCCGAGCUCCCCUGGAACGCGGGCGGCGCCUGGUGUCCUGGUGUCAGCCCUCAGCUGGUCCCGCGGAGCCCGUGACCCCGGCCAGCAGAGUGCGCCCUCAGCCUCGCUGACAGCGGAACCAUGGGAGUGUGUGCGGACCGGGGCAGCCGGACAGGAAGGGGCUCGGUUCCGAGCUGUCACCGGCCUCGGAAACGCCUCAGAAAGCAGAGAGAACCGGGAAGUGCAGGGAGGCGCCGGCAGUGAGGCCCGGCUCCGGGGCGGCGCGGCGGGACUGACCUCCGCCCGGAACGCAGUCCCGCGGGGCGCGCUUCCCCCCGGAGCGGCGCGCGGCACCGGCCCGCACGCAGGCGCCGUGCCCGGCCCGGCAUGGAGGCGGCGGGCGUGCUGUGCUGGGCGGCGGCCAUCCUAGCGCCGGGCAUCUUCUGGGUUUGGCACUUGUUGGGACGAAUGAAGCAUCAGGUGCAGGCUGGCCUGUCGGGAAGAGGAGGCCGGGCCCUCCUGGUGAUCGCGCACCCCGACGACGAAGCCAUGUUCUUUGCCCCCACUCUGCUGGGCCUGGCCCGCCUGGGGCGCCAGCUGUUCCUGCUCUGCUUCUCCGCAGGGAAUUACUACAAUCAAGGGGAGAUUCGUAAGAAAGAACUUUUGCAGAGCUGUGAUGUGUUGGGGAUUCCACCCACCAAUGUAAUGAUUAUUGACAGCAGGGACUUCCCAGAUGACCCGGCUGUGCAGUGGGACACGGAGCGUGUGGCCAGCGUCCUCCUCCAGCACAUGGAAGCGAAUGACAUCAACCUGGUGGUGACUUUCGAUGCCGGGGGCGUAAGCGGUCACCGCAAUCACGUGGCUCUGCACGCGGCUGUGAGGGCCCUCCAUUCGGAAGGGAAGGUACCUGAAGGGUGCACGGUGCUCACGCUCGGGUCUGUGAGUGUGCUGCGCAAGUACAUCUCCCUCCUGGACCUGCCCCUCUCUCUGCUGCGCGCCGGCGCCGGCGACGUCCUCUUCGUGCUCACCAGCAGAGAAGCGGCACAGGCCAAGAGGGCCAUGUCUUGCCACCGCAGCCAGCUCCUGUGGUUCCGCCGGCUCUACGUGCUCUUCUCUCGGUACCUGAGAAUCAACUCUCUGCACGCCCUCUGACCCCGGAGCAAGGAAAGGCCCAGGAAGCGGGCCUGCUCUGGAGCUGGCUCAUGUCCCUGCACUGAGGGAGCCGAGGGUGGCCUCCAGGACUCUGCUCCUCAGGCUCGCCAGCCCCUGACCACCGGAGGCCAGGCAAGCCAAAGGACUGUCUAAACUUCAGCUCCUGCCCUGGCCGGUUUGGCUCAAUGGAUAGAGCAUUGGCCUGUGGACUGAGGGGUCCCAGGUUCAAUUCCGGUCAGGGGCAUGUACCUUGGUUGCAGGCACAUCCCUGCUUUGGGGGGUGGGGGGUG